AUGUCUGACGACGAGGCCGACCCGGAGCUUUUGGCUCUCCUCCGCCAGCACUUUCAGAAGAAGCUCAACGUCGACGACGAGCCUGAGACGGGCGUCCUCGAGGGAGCCGAGUACGUCUACGACAACUCCAUCGAUGUCUGCAUCGACAUGAGGGCGACCAAGCGUGCUGCUGCCACAAUCUACGCCCAGAUGGAGCAGAAGCAGUACUCGACGGCCACCUGGGCCGAGCACGAGCUGCAUCCCAAGACCAAGGACGACAGCACCGCCGCCUUCAUCUUCACCAUGGAUCUGCUUAACUUCUGCUUCUGGUCCGAGAAGCCAGAGGAUGAGCGGUUCGCCGUCGAGUACCGUGGCAAGACCUGGACUGGCUACUGGAGCAUGGUCGCUUCGCUGCAGAGGGCUCUCGAUGAGGGCAUCCCCAUCACGAGCUCUGACUUUUGGCAGAGCGAGGAUGAGUGUAACAUGGAGCUCAUGAGGCACGUGUUCAGAUCCAAGACGGAGGAGGAGAUGCCUCUGCUCGAGGAGCGCCUGACUUGCCUCCGUGAGGCUGGCACGGCGUUGUAUGAGAGGUACAACUGCAGCGUCACAAAACUCAUCGAGGCCGCCAACGGCUCUGCGGUAAGGCUCGUCAACCUUCUCGCCCGCGAUUUCGACUGCUUCCGUGAUGAGCACGUCUUUGAGGGCCGCCGGAAGCCGGUGCGAUUCCUCAAGAGGGCCCAAAUCCUCGUAGCGGAUAUCUGGGCCUGCUUUGGCGGUGAAGGCAUCGGCGCCUUCCGGGAUAUUGACAAGAUCACUAUGUUUGCCGACUACCGCGUCCCGCAGAUCCUCAACACCAUGGGCUGCCUGUACUAUAGCCCUUCGCUGGCGACGGCUAUCAACUCUAAGCGGGUUUUGGAGAGCGGAGCGAGAUGGGAGCUGCAGAUGAGAGCAUGCAGUAUCUGGUGUGUCGAGUUGAUCAAGCGGGAGAUCCAGAAGGACCACCCCGACCAUAUGGAGAAGACUUCUGAUGCACCUUCAGUGGAGGUUUAA